UUUGACUUCUAUUUGAUCCGACUUUUGCACAGGUCUCGUCUCUCAUCUCAACUCUCUCAUCUCUUCAAGUCAGAUUAUUUGACCAAGCAAGAGCAAGCUAGCCGCGUUUGGAUCUAAGCAGGGAGAGCCGAUUAGUCAUCAUUUUGCCGCCGUCGCCACGCCAACCGACCGAAAACCGCUUCCAGACCUUGUUUCGGGCUUCUUCUUCUACUUCUUCCUGUUCUGUUGCGCUGCACUCUUCUAUUUCCAUUGGAUUCUCUGUUCGCACACAAGCGAGAGACCAACCCGAGUGCGAGGGCACGACAACAACCAACCCAUUGAAAGGGAAACAACUGUGUGUCAUAGUUUGAACAAGUACCGCUGUCUCGUCCACCACCGUCGUCGCACCACCACCACCAGCAGCAGCGUCGUCCUCAGUGGGUAGCAACCGAGUACAAGACACCAACUUGACAUCUUGGCUCCUUGAAACGAACAACGGCAGCACAAAAGCACGACGCUGCUAUCAACAGAUCUACCACCACAAAAACCGCAUCCCUCAGUCAUUCAGCCAUGGUGGCCGCAAACGCAACGCCAUACCUGCGCGUGAUUGGCGACGUGCUCGUCAACAUUCGCGCUGCACAGACCGACCAGGAGCACCUGCUGCAGGCAGCCGUUGCGUACCAGUCGGCCCUGGACGGGCUCAGCAAAUCUGGCGCGGCGUUCGCUGAGGCCGUUCAGAUGGUGAGCCGUCGGGCGCAGACCUCGCAAAGCGGCAACCUGCGCGAGCUCGCCGCUGGCCUGUCCGAGUAUGCCGACGCGAUGCGAGGGGCCGAGCAACUCCGCUUGCGACUCGCUUCCUCCAUCCUGAGCGACUUUAUCCAGCCCGUUGCCGUCUCGAUCGAAACAUACCAAAAGAACGUGACGCGCAUGGAGCGCACAUUCGAAAAGCAGUCCGAGCAGCUCGAGGGCGAAAUUGACAAGGCCGUCAAGGCCUCCAAGCGCAUGACGCAAGAGCUGCAGAAGGGCAAGCAAAAGAACGGAGCGGCGCUCCGCUCGGCCAUUGACAAGGUGACGGAAAAGAAGCGAGACUUUGAAAGCUACCUGAGCACAGCCAUUCGAGGGUUUUUGGAAGAGGAAGGGCGCCAGUACACCGACCUUGUGGCGCAGCUCAGCACCUUUACUCUGCAUGACGGAGCGUGCGCGCGCAAGCGCCUCACUUUUGAAGGAAUCAUGCAGCGAUGUGUGAUGAUUUCCCGCAACCCGUUCGACAACCUCAGCAUUCACGGCACGCUCGCGAACGAGAUGGCGCGCCACGGAAUUGUCAUGCCGGCGCUUUCCUCGCAGCCAUACCAGCCGCCGCGUGUCAGCGGCAGCGCUGUCGCAUCGUCCCCGACCCCCAUGUCUCUGCCCCCGCCACGAGCGUCGAUUGCAGCCACCGGCAUCGGCAUGGGCAUGCGCCAUUCUGCCAGCGCCAGCCAUGCGGCCGCGUCCUCACCCACACCCCAACUAGCCCGCUUUGUCUCUGCCAACCAGUCGUCUCCCAUUGCUGCACCUCCCAAACCACCGUCGCCAACAUCCUCAACCACCCUGCUCGCCUCCAAUACCACCACGGCCCCGACGCUCCGCACUUCGCCGUCGCAGCCCAUCUCUGUCCCGCGCAUGAUGCACAAGUCUGGCUCUUCGUCCGAAUUGCAAAAUCAGACGCCUUCCGAAAAGGCCGCCGCUCGGGCCGACGCGGAAGAGCGUGCAACAGCCGACUCGGAAGAGGCGGAAGGCGGUGACGCGAUGGGUGCGACGCGUGCCUUCAAGCAAAGCCCGACGGGUCUCAACCGAAGUCGCUCUGUGGAUCACACCAACAUGAAGAGUAAUCGCUACAGCAUUGCCGGCACGGGUGCGCUCUCCAUCUCUGGCUCGAAGGAUGCGCUCAAGAUGACCGAAAACCACGCCCUCGAAUCCGUCGAGCAACUCACGAAAAUUCGGCAAGAGGAGAAGGCUCACGCGCGCGCCGCUCUCUUAUCCACAAGCCAAGAACUUUUGCACCAACUCCAGCAGCAGCAGCAUUUGCAAGAACUCCAGCAGCAGCAGCAUUUGCAAGAACUCCAGCAGCAGCAACAGCAACAACAAGAGCAGGCGCAACAACAGGCUGACGAUGAUCUCAAUCGACCACUGGUCUUUUUGCAGGCUCGGUCGCCAGUCGCUGAGACAGACUCGUUGCGGCCACUUUCCCCCACGGUGCAUGUGGCGAAAUACGGCUCUGUAGAGCGGCUCGCUGGUCCGCAGCACACCCAAAGCACGACCGUCGUUUCGCAGGCACUGCAUGUGGACAUGGGAGUCAAGAUGCCUACCGCCACGUAUGUCUCUGGCGUGCGACAUGGCGAAGCGAGCGGUGCCAUCGCGAGUCCUGUGCAAAUCGGAUCGUUCAAACUGGAGGUCGAGAGCGAGCUCGCGCGGAUUUCCAGCGUGCGCUCCGGAUCCCCCGAAUCCAGCAAGCAGCCAGCGCCUGCCGCCGCCGCUGCCAAGACGAGCUACCUUUCGUUGCCAAAGUCGUCCACCUUCAUCCGGCCGGCGCGCAGCAUGGACACACUGACUGCUCUCCGCCGGCAGGCCGAAGGCGAUAACAGCUCUGAAAGCGACUCGAGUGCCUCGGCGAGCACUUCGGCCAGUCGCGAGGACGUUCAACCACGUGCCCUCACCGACGGCUCGCGAUCGCCGAACGAGGAUGCUUCUGGCGAGCAGACCCAGCUCUCGCGCAACUCCAUGUUCCGAGCCAAGACCUUGCGGCGCAACAACACCACCAAGGGUCGCCUCGUUUCCGGCCCAGUCGUCGCCAACGAUCCGUCCGAGACGUCUGCUCCUGCUCGUGUUGCCGAGUCUGAGCCGUCCACCCCGAACGAAGCGCGCGCGCCUCGGCCAGCGCCCGUCUUCUCGUGGCGCCAAGAGUCGAACAUUUUCAACUUGCAAGCGGCAGCAGCAGCAGCAGCAGCUGCAGCAGACUCGUCGCGUGCGUUGGACGACGAUCCUGCUUCAGCGAAUGCCCGCGCCGCCGAGGCAGCGACACAAGCCCAUCUGAGUCGCAAGCGCAGCAAAAAGGACAAGAAGAAGCUCGCUGCGGAUGGAGACGCGAACGGAUCUGACGAGUCUGCCAAGACCAAGAUUUUCGCCUUGCUUGCUCGUCGACGCAAGAGUGUUGUCUAAGCCCUGAUGUUUUGUUUUGUUUGUUUCGUUAGUGAUUAUUGGAUUGCUGCUUUUGUUAGUGCUGUGACUUGCGUAUUAUUUCUCGAGUCUUGUUCUUGUGUUUAUUGCCAAUGUAGCAUUUUUUUACCC